AGCAGAGAGGGCGUGAGGAAAUGUCAAACAAAAGGGGGUGGGGGCGGUGGAGGCUGCAGGUGGAUAAAGAGAGGGAGAGAGUGAGGAUCUCCUCUGCAUCUGAGGAGUUCUGCAAACCUUCAUGACUCCCUGAAAAGUCUGGAACCCACUGGUGUAAGCUGCUGCAGAGUCCAUCAACGUCUCAGACAGUUCCAGUUGCUGCUGCCAUGGACUUCAGUGCUGUGUUGCUGUCCUUCCUGCUGGUGUCUGUUAGCUGGUCCAGAGGAGCUGUGAUCACAGGGGCCUGUGAGAAAGAUGUGCAGUGUGGUUUUGGUCUCUGUUGUGCCGUCAGUCUGUGGCUGAGGGGCUUGAGGAUGUGCAUCCCAAGAGGAGUGGAAGGGGACGAAUGCCACCCCUUCAGCCACAAGGUGCCAUACACUGGGAAAAGGCUACAUCACACCUGCCCCUGUCUCCCCCAUUUGGUGUGCACCCGGUUUGCUGACAGCAAGUACAGAUGUACUGAAGACUUCAAAAACUUGGACUUUUAACAGAUGGCCAAAUGCUCAGAUGAAGACAAUUUGAGCAGAAGAGUUAAACAGGCUGCGGACCACAAUCAUCUUCAACAACUUUAUUCUUUCUUUGUACAAUGCAGUAAACACAACAUAUGACAUAACUACAAAGUGCAAUUCACUAUAACGCAUUAUAGAUGUAGCACAGUUGGAACUAUAAAGCCAAGGUUUACCAUCAAGAUGUUUGUGAACCAUGCAUUUCUGUUUUGCACACUUUAAGCUAAUUUAUCAAUAGAAAUGUACACAGAAUUAUAUAUUAUU